AUGCAGAUCACCCCCGAUCAAGGCGCCUUCAUGCACUGGCUGGUGGCCACCCUCCGCGCCACGCGGGCCAUUGAGGUGGGUGUGUUCACGGGGUACAGCAGCAUAGCGACCGCCACCGCCCUCGGACCUGGCGGGAAGCUGCUUGCCUGCGACCCUGACGAGCGCGCGCUGGCAGUGGCACGAAGAUGCUGGGACAGGGCCGGCGUACUCGACAGGAUCGUAGAGCAUGUUCGUCCAGCUCGCGAGACGCUGGAGUUGCUGCUGAGCGCAGGCGAGGCAGGGCAAUACGACUUUGCGUUCGUGGAUGCAGACAAGCGCGGGUACAUGGGGUACUACGAACAGCUCCUGCAGCUGGUCCGGCCUGGGGGUGUGAUCGCCUUUGACAAUGUGCUGUGGUACGGGCAGGUGGCGGAUGCCGGGGCGACCGACGCCCGCACCGAGGCCAUCCGAGAGCUGAACAGCUUCCUCCUGGCGGACGAGCGAAUCCUCUUCAGCCUCCUACCCAUCAGCGACGGGCUGGCACUGUGUACCAAGAAGUGA